UAAUCGUGUAAGUAUCCCUCGUACAUAAUUAGCUAUGAAGUUAGAAGAGCUAGAAAAAAAGCUUCAAGGAGUUGAAGGUCAUCAACAGAAAGCAAGAAAAACGCGCCCAUUACCACGAGACAAGAGCUCAUAAUUUAGCCAUCGGUUAUCUUCUAUUGCACGCCCUAUUUUUCCUAGGGUUUUCAUCACGGCAGCCGCCAAACGGUUUGGAUUCCGGUUACAGUUGCCAAUGGUGGGUGCCCUUCAGCAUGAUACUAGUUUCUUCAGUAAUAUUCUUCAUGGCUUUCCUAUACGCCGUGACAAUGUUCUACCGGAUAGAGUAUCAUUUGGGUGUCAGCUAUUUGGAGCAAGAUCUCAUAUACAAGAAGAUACAGGAGGCUAAGCAGCCACCCCCUGAGAGUCAUGUGUCCAUACAGUUAAAGGAGUGUCAUACCUCUGGUGAAGUUAUCAAAGUUGAUGUUUUUAAGCUCUUGAAGCGCAAAGUUUACAUUUACUUCACAACUUUAAGUUUGUUUGCUUUAACAAUACUUCAGUUGUAUGUGUGCCGGUUGUUUUUCCCAAGGUUUUAAAAAAACGUUAGGUGCUAGUCGGGUGGCGGGCUGGGUUCUAGUGCCUAGGCGGACUAUACGGAUUUAAGUAAUACAUUAUAUAAAUUAAUUAAAUUUACUACAUAAUAUAUAUAAAUAAACAUUGAUACUAUGUUAUCUAAAAAUAUAUAUAUAUAUAUAUAUAUAUAUAUAUAUAUAUAUAUAGGUAAGUUGUAUCAUUUUGUAAGCCCAUAUUAUAAGCCCAAGGUUCUAAAAAACGCUGGGCGGAGGGCUGGGGCCUAGCGCUUAGGUGGCUAGGCGGACUAGACGGAUUUAAGUAAUACAUUAUAUAAAUUAAUUAAAUUUACUACAUAAUAUAUAUAUAUAUAUAUAUAUAUAUAUAAAUAAACAUUGAUACUAUAUUAUUUAAAAAAAAAUAAAGAAUAUAUAUAGGUAUAUAUGUUAAAUAUGAGUAUAUAUGUAAAGUUCCAAAGGUGUAUCAUUUUGUAAGCCCAUAUUGUUGGGACUCUCAAUAAAAUAAAAGGUUGGCCCUCCAAUCUUUUUUUAAUUAAUCCUUCACCGACUCAAACCUAACAAAUGCUAGCUAAAGGGUUACUAAUUGCUUAAAACCCUAACUAAAGUAGUCGCUCUCUCCAAUUACAAACUAUCUUCUACAACCUACCGCCGCACCCAUCUCUGCAACCUUUUACAACCCGUCGCCAUCACCCAUCCCUGCAAUUGCACAAAUCUCAUCUACCUCUCUCUCUCUCUCUCUCUCUCUCUCACCAUAUUCGACUUCUCUUCUAGCAAACAGAGAGGCAGACGACAUGACUCGGGGAGACAAGAAGGUUGUGAGUCCGUGCCAUAAGUUUUUUUCCCAGACCGCCUAGCGUCCGCCGAGCCUGCCUAGCCCGCCCAGGCGGCCGCCUUACACUGCUUAAUGUCCUUGCCGAUUUAAUGAACGAUUUCGGGUAAUUCACAGCAGAGCACUGCCGCCUAGACCGCGUUUUAGAACAACUUUUUCCACGCAGUAUGACGACGUAGUUUCAUGGUUGGAUGCAUGGUGGUCCGAUGACGGUCGUAGAAUCGUAGGUUAACGUACGUACAAUAAAUUCAAUGUAUAUUCUAUAUAGGGAAAAGCUAUGUAUUCUUUCCCGUCCUAUAAAUUGAAUGAAUGUAUACUCUAUAAAUUAGCAGCACCAUUACUUGCCUUCAUGCAGAUUGCUACAUGACCAAAAUAAUUAAAGAAGAUUGGCUUACCAAAUUUCAAGGCUAUAGCAAGAGGGGAAUAGAUCUUCUCUGGAUCCCCUUCUAUCCGUAUCCUGCAUACCUCCCUACCGUCACUCACCUCCGCCUCCCACCCCAAUUUCCACUGCAUAUUUCCCCGACCUUCAACCCCUCCCAUUUUCUUCUCUGAAGUUCUGCUUCGUUGAUCGCCGUUGGAGAUGAAGACAAGGACGUUGAGGAGAAAGAGAAAGAGUGAGAAGUUGGAGAGGACGCGAGUGAUCUCAUCCUCACGAUUUUACGUGAACAACUGAGAUAAUUUGGUCCCCAAAAUCUAUAUGAAAAUGAUCCGGAGAGGAUCCUGUCCCAUAGCAAGAGGGAUAGACUUCUCUCUUUGACGGAGCAAAGAGAAAUAAGUUGACUUCUCCACAAGAAACUGCUUUGAAGUUUCUUGCAUCUUGGCAUUUUCCUUUUUCGUAGUUUUGUUAGAGGGAUGGACUUUUAUUAAGACUUUUAUCAUUCUAUAAAUUAUAUCGGUAGAAUCCUAACAGAUACAAUUUUGGCAAGCUAAUCUCUAGUUUUGAAAAUGUUAUUAGAAGUCUAAAAUAGCCUUUCUGCACUUGUUCCUCUCUCACUUUUUUUUUAUCAGAAAAAACACAUGAUGACUUUUCGGAAAUGCCAAUAACAGCUCAGUUAUUAUAUACACAAAGCGUGAACAAUUUUUUAUUUGAAAAAAAAAGGGACAUCAUGAAGUGAGACCCCAACAAUGGCUAAAUUGGUAUAUAAUCAUAGAUAUUAUCCCUAAUUAUAAUUAGUAUCUCGCUCGUUCCAUGUUACUUGUAAGAAUAAUACGUCGGGUUUUACCCAAGAAUGCCCUAGCAAGGUCCUCCUAAUUAGAAAUGGCCCAAUUAACUACGUUUGGGCUCAAAGCAACAUGUUUGGGCUUCAACGACUACAAUGAUAAUAGUAGCAAUAAUUUAAGCGCCAAACUCACUCCACCUUCCCACCUUCCCACCUUCCCACCUUCCACCCUGCUCAACCUGGACUGGAAAGCUGAAUCGAACUCCCCUCCUUUGACUGUAACUUACAAAUCCCAUCCGGUUCCUCUGCAAUUCCGCAAGACAUAGCUGGGGAAGAUGGAGAAUAUGCAGUAUGCUGAGGAGCUUGUGAGGGAGUUUCUUGUGUUUAAAGGAUUCACUAACACUUUGCAAGCUUUCGAUUCUGAAUUAUCUACGGAUAUCAGUAAAGGGUUUCAAGUAGAUAGGAUAAUGGAAUUAAUCUUCUCAGUGUAUGUACCUAAGUUUCAGGCAGAAAAAUUAGUUGGUCUGUUCAGUUUUUUCAAGCAGUGUCUCUCUUCAUCAUCCGAGACAGUACUUUUGACUACUCUUUCGAAACUGGAGGUGUCUAUUCUACGCUACUACGUUGUUAAUGCCAUCCAGUCAGGGAGGAGGGACAAGGUUUUAGAGUUCUUUGGAAUGAUUGGGAAUGAUUUGUUGCAAAGGGGCCAGGAUUGGACUGCAUGGUUUGCCAUUCCUUAUGUAAAGAAACCAAACUCUGAUCCUGAGUUUCGUAUAUACUUUUCAAAGGAAUGGUAUGAGGCCUUGCGUUUAUCUGUCAGAAAUUUCUUUAGUGAGAUCUUCAACGGUACUCGCAUACCAGCCCUUAUGAAAAUUAGUUCAGAAAAGACUACUGUCAACCAUCUGAAAAAAGACAUCAAGCAACUCAAGCUCAAGUUAUCAAAACUUCAGGCUUUGUUGGAGGAAAAAGAUGGUCAAUUAUGCCAGUUAAGAAGUUGUUCGUCAGUAACCGAUGCAAGCACUGAACGAACCAUGAGUUCAUCAAGUGUAGUGCAUGAGGAAAAUCGUCUUAUAUCUAAGGAUACUCAGGAAACUUGCCCUCCUGAUACUUUUCAAAUAAGGGGAGCAGAGGUGGAUCCAGAUUGGGUUGUUGCUGGACACAUGGGAAACAGACCAGAGUUUAACAUAUCUAAGUCUGAUCCUAAUUUAAGUUCUCAAUCAACUCCUCGCGUGAGAGAUGGUGGAACUGCUGAUAGUAUUCAGCUAUACGAGGAUGACCCCUAUAAUGAAAAUGGCAGGGAAAGCCAUUUAGAAGACUUCACUGAAUUUAAGGUUGACUUCCAGGAGACAUUUUUGGGCCACACAAGUCCAAUCAGUCGCUGCCGCUUUUCUGCAUCUGGAAAUAAUAUAGCCAGCGCAUCUGAAGAUGGAACAGUAAGGAUAUGGACCUAUGACUCGUCAACUCCGGCAUCUAGAAAUGCAACCAUUUAUUGUGGAGCCAAGAUUAUGUCACUUGACUGGGAGUGCAAAUCUGACCGAUUGCUUCUGAUAGGCACUGCUAAUGGAGGCAUUAAAGCAUGGAAUGUCGAUGCAAAGAGAGUUGUCUGUGAUCUUAGCACGAGUGAAGAAUUUCCAAGUAUCCUGGAUAUAAAGUGCAGCCCUGUAGAGCCAAUUUUUGUUACUGCAGCAGCAUCCAAGGGGCACGGAUCAAGUUAUGUUGAUAGUAUGGGGUUCGCUUCAUUAACUGUGUGGAAUAUGAAGACGUGGAAGGCUAUGACAGUUCUUCCUCUUGGUAAAGAUCCACCUGCAAUAACAUCCCUUAGUUUCAAUCACAAUGGGAAAGUUUUAGUGGCCGCUGCAACUGAUGGAAUGAUUCACAUGUUUGAUAUGUCUGCCUAUCUACAAAUAACCGGGUGGCCUGCACAUGACUCUGCUAUAAGCUCCAUUCUUUUCGGCCCUGAUGAGACAAGUAUUUUCAGUUUGGGAGUAGAUGGAAAGGUGUUUGAAUGGAGCUUGCAAAACCAAGGUCAAAUCCUAUGGUCAAGAAACUGUACCAGGUUCUGUGACCCUGAGAGCUCAAAAAGUUGCAGACAUGAAAUGGCUUUAGAUGCUACCGGGAGGAGACUAUUGGUAACAUCCGGUUCCGUAAGAGCGCCCAUAUACCAGGUUCGGGGUCAUGUGAAUGGGUUGAGCCCUCUCCCACACAGUGCUGCUAUAACUACUGUAGAUUGGCACCCGACUUUACCCAUCUUCUUAACAGGAUCGGCUGAUAACUCUGUCCUGGUAACAUCUAUGUCAUAAAUGUUUGACUUUUAUCUCCGUGUUCUUGGUGUGCCUGACGUUGGAUGAAGUUCACUUCCGGUGUGUUUGAACUGGUUUCGUUCUGGCUUUCAUCUGAGCAAUGUGUCUUGUAUUAGUGUGUAGGUGUAAAUCAUUGAACAGUUUUUAUAGAGCAUAGCCCUUGAGACAAACAAGCAUCAUAGUUGAUGACAUUUUAUUACAAAUCGGAAAAUACAACUGAAUGAAUCUGUAUAAGUUCGGAAGUAUAUAACAGAUUAGGAGAGUAGAGCUUUA